GUCCGGCAGCAUGUCCACGAUGCAGCACUAUGACUGUGUGGUGAUCGGGGCGGGAGUCCAGGGCUCCUUCACAGCCUACCAGCUGGCUAAACAAAACAAGAAGACUCUGCUGCUGGAGCAGUUCAUUCUGCCUCACACCCGAGGCAGCUCCCACGGCCAGACGCGCAUCAUACGCAGAGCCUAUGAGCAGGACAUUUACACCCAGAUGAUGGAGGAGGGCUAUGAGAUGUGGGCCCAGCUGGAGAAGGAGGCCGGAGUGACGCUGUACAGACAAACUGGACUGCUAGUCAUGGGACCAGAAACCAGUGGAGAUUACCCGCUGGUCAAGAGAACCUUGUUGAAGAACAAGGUUCCCACGGUGAUUCUGAGCCGUGAUAACUUCCACCAGCACAUCCCCAACGUGGUUCUGUCUGAGGGCCACGGGGCCCUGGUGGAUGAAACCGGCGGCGUUCUGUUUGCAGACCGGGCCCUGAAGGCGGUUCAGGGUCAGUUUCAGAAGUUGGGUGGAGUCAUACGAGAUAAUGAGAAGGUUAUGGAAAUCAAGCCUGGUCCGGUUGUCAAGGUGACGACCUCAGGAGGAGCCUAUCAAGCGAGAAAUGUUGUGAUCACUGCUGGACCCUGGACCAAUAAGCUCCUGGCUCACACUGGUAUCCAGUUACCACUGGAGGCUGCUAAGAUUAAUGUGUGCUACUGGAAAGAAAAGACUCCUGGGAGUUACAGUGUGAAGCAGCGUUUUCCAUGCUUUGUGGUCACUGGGAGUUUGGAGGCUAAAGAAGACAUCUAUGGCCUCCCGUCGAAUGAGUAUCCAGACUUGAUGAAGAUUUGCUACCACAUGGGCAGCAAGACUGACCCGGAUUACAGAGACCUGCAGACGGACACGUCUGACAUCGAGAUCCUGAAGCGAUACGUUUCCAGAUGCAUACCCGGCCUGGUUCCUGAGCCUGCUGUGGUGGAGAGCUGCAUGUAUACACUGACUCCUGAUCGCCACUUUGUGUUGGAUCACCAUCCAAACUACAGCAACAUCGUCAUUGGAGCAGGAUUCUCAGGUCAUGGCUUCAAGUUCGGCCCAGUCAUUGGAAAGCUCCUGUGUGAGCUCAGCCUGGGAGAAGAGCCUUCCUUUGACCUUUCACCUUUCAAAAUCAGCCGUUUCUAGUCAAAGAUGAGAUCAGCUUUGUAGGAUCAGGACUGGAUUCAUGAAUCCUUCCUCCAACUCUUUCAUUCUUUCAGAUCAUUGCUAUAAUCUGCAAAGUUUACAUGAUGUCAUCAGUUUUACAUGUGUUUAACAACGAGCCGUUUACAUGACAUAAAAUUCUGGUUUACUUUGCUUAGUGAUCUCACCAUCUAGAUAAAGUUUAAAUCUUAGUGACUACCUGAAGGGGAUCUUAUUACAAAGCAAAAACACCUUGAGAGUCAUAAUUUUACAAAUGAAGUUGUUUUUAUCUUCACUUUAAACUUUCUGACAUUCAGACCUUGCCAUUUUUAGUCUGACUUUAUAUAUGGCAAUAAAAUUGUAUCUGAAUGAAACUUCUUCCAAGAGUAACUGUAGAUGUAAAUGCUCAGUUAUUGUAUCUGUGCAUCAAUAGAAACAUUUUCUUAUUUUACUGUUUUUAUAUGACCUACCAGCCGUUCUCAGAGCUUCCUCUCGGUAAUGAGCUGCUGGAACUUUCCUCAACUCCCAGAAGACUUUCUGUCUGAGUUUCCAUUCAUUAUUUUUAUGUGUGAAAACAUCAAUGAGGAAAACUCCUUAGUAAGCAGACAGCAGUAACUCGCUGAGUCAGGAAAAGCCAACGUCAAAGGAGCUUCAAGUCAAUAACUAGAAUUUAUUUACAAUAUUGCAAAGAUAAAAUUAACAAGUGGUCAGUUUUUCAGUGAAGAAAAGAAACGAGUUUUACAAAGCUAAAAUGAAUCAUACAUGUUUUGUAUAUAAAUACAGUGAAUAAGGGGUUAGCCAAAAAAAAAAAAAGAAGAA